UCCGCGCUCUUCAACUUCCAAUCACUACUUCUUGUGAUUUUACUUCUCAUCUGCACCUGCACUUACGUUCGUGCUGUAGCACCUCGUCUGGUCGACAGAAACAAAAACGGGUUUCUUGGACUAUUCUUCAUGUCUGCUAGAAUUGGAGAGCGUCUAUCACCUUACGUCGCCUUUGCCUGUGUAGCAAUGGCACUUACCAUGCUAGUGCAGUAG